CGCGCACACCGGAAGUGACUUGUGGAGUGGACGCCGCUUGCCUGUUAGCUAGCAGCAGCAUGACAGUAAUCAUGUUGUUUUUGGCAGGAAGAGCGGAGCUCCGCUCCUGGACCUGCUGGGUUCUCCUUCUGCUGGUCUGCUCCGCUUCAUCCAAGCCUGACAGUCUGAAGGAGGUGACGGACGGAGACUGGGAGAAGAUAAUGACAGGAGAAUGGAUGAUUGAGUUCUACGCGCCCUGGUGUCCCGCAUGCCAGCAGCUGCAGACGGCGUGGAGAGAGUUUGCAGACUGGGGGGAUGACAUGGGCAUCAAUGUAGCCAAAGUGGAUGUGACAGAGCAGCCUGGUCUGAGCGGGCGAUUCAUCAUAACUUCACUUCCUGCAAUCUAUCACUGCAAAGAUGGCGUUUUUCGGAAGUACCAGGGAGCUCGUACUAAAGAUGAUUUCCUCAGCUUUGUGGAUGAACAGAAAUGGAAAUCCAUGGAGCCCGUCUCUUCAUGGUUCGGGCCAUCUUCAUUUCUGAUGAACUCCAUGUCUGCUUUGUUCAAGCUCUCCAUGUUCAUCAGACGUUGCCAUAACUACAUGACGGAGCAGCUGGGGAUUCCAGUUUGGGGUUCAUACGUCAUCUUUGGUCUGGUCACCUUGUUCGCUGGCCUGACGUUGGGUCUGUUGCUGGUCUUCAUCGCAGAUUACGUCUUUCCCUCUCGGCGAUUUUCUUCGCAUGAAUACUACCAGAAGAAACAGGCAAUGGAGCAGGCAAGGCUGAUCCAGCAUCAGGAUGAGGACCAGGAGGCCGACGGUGAAGAGGAUGAUGAUGAUGAGGAGGAGGAGGAAGAGGAUGAAGACCAGGACGGGGACUGGAGAAAACUAAGAGGGUCUCCCGAAGGUAGACCAGAACCCAGAAGCCAGGGUUACUCUGAUGAGGCUCUGAGGAAGAGAGCGGUGGGCAGCCGGGAGGAGGAUGAAGAGGACAGCUAGAGAGCUAGCAGGGAGAUUCCCGAGCCUCUUUUCCUUUUCCUCAUUUGAUAAGAGCACAGUGGAGUCAGAAGAGCUGGAGGAGCUGUGGUCCUUAGCAGCAGUAUUAAGAAGAAGGGGUCCAAAAUCUUCCUUCUGACACGCCCCCUACACCCCCACUUCAACUUUAGAAACACCCUACUUUAACACCUUGUUUCAAACAGGAGCCCUUUACACUUCUACCUCCGCUCCCUCCACCUGAGCAGCAGGCUCCAACUGGAACAACAAAAAAACUUUCCUCACACGUGGAAGCAAGCCGCCAUGCCUGAGGUGGAGGUAUGAAGUGCAGCACAGCUGAUUUUUGAGAUGCUGUCUAUGCUAUGCAUUGUUUUUCAUAAAAAAAAAAUGUUUUGCUUUUAAUUGUGACAAGCUUUGGUCUGUGAACAUCACUUGUAUCAAACAGGUCGUUUUUUUUCUGCACAUAAAACCCGAAAUCAAUCAAACUUCAGUUAAAAAGAUAAUUUAAAUCCGUUAAAUCCCAGCUCUAUUUAGUACUUUCUAACACGCACAUCUGUAAAAAUCCUAAAGUAAAAUAAAAUGGGAAAAGUUGUCAGAUGCUAAGAGGUUAAGCUCAGUUGAAAUAAACUUUUUAUUGGUUGGUUUGGAUCAUUUCCCUGCAACUGGACCUUUUAAUAUGCACCAAACUUCCCCAAAGAGUUGAUUUCAAUAAAUAAAAAUGCAGCAUGACCAAAGACAAACAGAUCUGUCGUACCUUCAAACGUGAGCACUCUCUAAGCAUCAUUCUUCUUCCCUGUUUGGAAUAUCAUUAAAGUUUUUCCAUUGUAGUUCUGUUAAAAUAGAACUGAGGGAAACAAAUCUUAAAUAAAAAAAACUGCCCUUUUGUUUUUAUAAUAAACCAUGUGCAAAUAGAGGAUUAAAACUUAAACACAGCCUUGGAUAUAAACAUGCAUCCAUGAAUGCAGGAAAUCACAGAGCAGGAACUCCUUUGAUGUCCGAUGUCCAGUCAUCACUAGUUUGUUUGAGCAGCCGUGUAAAUAUUAGUCAUAAACUGCAUUAUAAACGAACACAUCCUGCUUUAGGAAGAAGUAUUUUAUUCACUCCAAAGUUAACAUCGUUUAGGUUGUUACUGCUUGGAAAUGGACUAUGUUUGCUGUCAUUUUCCGUUUAGUUUUUUGCUGGUUUUGCUCCUAAAAAUGAAUGUUUACUUUAAAUGUGACCCAAUCAGCCAGGCAGCAGCAGACUGUAUGCAUGCUGAAAUGGCCAAUGAAAGGAAUACAGUGGAAGGAAGCAUCGGCUUUGGUUUGCAGGCUUCCUCUCUUAACACUGAAACAAGCUAACUGCCUGCUUCUGUGUGUUUCACCACUUUCCAAAUAUUCAAGCAUCUGACUUAAAGCUACGAUUUUCACUGAUUUCCAGGCAUAUUUCAUUGUUUUUAUAGGGCUUAUAAUGAUUUUCACAGACUAUUGAUUCAUGAUUUUAUUUUUUAAUAUAUCCUUAUAAUGAAUGUGUUCAUUUGGAGACCCUUAAAGUAGGUUAGGUUUUCUUUUUCUGAUCAUUAUUUAUGGCUUGUAGCAUUUUCACUUUACCCUGGGCAGCUUCUGCUCUAUACUUUGAAUAAAAGUUGAACAAUAAAAA